AUGUCCGAUAACUCGCAGCUCCCCAACCCCGCGCACGUCCAAGCCGACUCAAUGCUGGCUCGGCGGUUCGGCAAAGAGACCGUGAACUACUUCUCGAGCUCUCCUCUCAACCGUCUCUCCUUUCUCCGAUCAGACCACCCCUUCCUCUCCGCCGCCCUCAAGCACCCGACGACCCGAUUCGUCGUUCUUAAGGAUCUAGCGCCACUUACAAGGUCCCCGACCGAACUGUACUAUGCCAAGUUCAAUGAAGUGCGCAAGCUUAUUUCCGAGACGAUCUACGACAAGUCGGAGGAGGAAGUAAUCAAGGAGCAUGAUUCGCGCAAGACGGAGCCACACCUUAUCUUCCUAGGUGUGGAUGAGGCGAACAAGCAGCCGGACGGGUUCAGCUGGAAGAUCUACUCCGGGACGCCGUAUUUCGCGCUCGAUAUCUCGCAGAAGGGCUCGGAGGAGCAGCAGGCCAAUGCAAAGGAGGUGCUCGGCGGAUUUGAAGCCCAGGGACUGAGUUUUCUGCAGGCGAGGGUGGCGAUGACUUUCUCUGCUGAUGAAGGUGCUAUCUACGCCCAAGCCCGCGCCCUCACCGACUGGAACACCCGCAACACCUACUGUGGUACCUGCGGCAGCCGCACCAUCUCCGUCAACUCCGGCACAAAGCGCGCCUGCCCACCUACCGAUGCAGCACGCGUAGCCGAGGGCAAGCCCGCUGAGAAGCCAGCCUGCAGCACCCGGACCACGAUCUCCAACCUCUCCUUCCCACGCACCGACCCCACAAUCAUCGUGGCCGUCAUCUCUUGCGACGCUAAGCGCAUUCUCCUCGGACGUUCCAAGCGCUUCCCGCCAAACUGGUACUCGACGCUCGCAGGCUUCAUCGAGCCCGCCGAGUCCGUUGAGGACGCUGUUCGUCGUGAAGUCUGGGAGGAAGCUGGUGUCACGCUCUCCCGAGUCAUCAUCCACUCCACGCAGCCGUGGCCGUACCCGGCGAACCUGAUGAUUGGGGCGAUUGCGCAAGUCAGCGACCCUGCGCACGAGAAGAUCAACCUCGAGCACGACCCGGAGCUGGAAGAUGCGAAGUGGUUCCCAAUCGAGGAGGUUGAGGAGGCGUUGAGGGUUGGCACGAGUAAUUUGGAUCAGGCUGCCGGGCCAGGGUACAAAGAGGGUGCGCUGAGGUUGCCGCCUCCUACGGCCAUCGCCAACCAGUUGAUACAGGCGGCUAUCAAUAUUGAUUUCCUUGCCGAUAAAUCGAAGAUGUAG